CCUCUCCGUCAAGGGAGCCUUCCCAAUCGAACCAAGUGGGAAUUGAUCAGGAAUUGAUCCUGCGCUCCGGACUGCCAUUCAAAUCGCGGGAGGUUUGCCUGCUGUAAACCCUCCUUCUAUCAGCGGGGUGGGGGAGAAGCCAGUCAGCUCCUGGGGGGAUUUCUUCGCCUCCUCCUUCUCUCUUUUGGCAAACAGGUGAUCUCUUUCUGCGUGCGAUUCUUUAUUCCCACCCCCUCCUCCCGCCGUCCCGUUUCGCCCCAUCCCAAACCGUACACUUCUUUCCCUUCCCACCCCCCACCCGGGCUGGACUACUCCCUCCUUUGGAGAACACGCCCAAGUAGGCUGAAGAAGAGAGAGAGAAAGAGAGAUACACACACAGAGAGAGAUAGUAACAUUGAACCUGAGGGGAAAUCCUCCAGAGCUGCUGCGCGCUGCGAGAGGGAGAGAGAUUAUUGGAGCCUAUACAUGUGGUGUGGGGUGUUCUCUCCCCCCACCUCUCCCCUUCUUCUCUCCCCCCAGCGCGCUCUAAAGUGUUACGUGUGACAGGCAUACAAAUCCGGGAUAGAGAAGGAGUGAAGGGAGAGAGAGAGAGAGAGAGACCCAGCGGAGAGGGCGAUGGUGAUUGUCUCUUGGGAUUUACAAACACCCACCGCUCGCUCCGGGUGGCUCCGAUCUCAGGAGGGCUGGACUGUUUUGUCUGCACUACUUUGACCUGGCGUUGCACUGUCUGAGGCACCGAGAAGUUAACCAGCGCGCAAAGAGUGUGAGGGAGGAAUUACUACUACUAUUACUACUGCUGCUGCUGCUGCUGCUUUUAUUAUUAUUAUUAUAAGGGGGGGAAAAGAAAUAAUUUCGCAUGUUGAUCUGAAACCCAACAACCAACGAGGAAUAUGAACAGGAAAACCAGGCGCUGGAUAUUCCACAUCUUUCUGAGCCUAGGGAUUGUCUAUAUCAAAAUUGGGGGCUUCUCCUCCGUCGUGGCUCUGGGGGCCAGCAUCAUCUGCAACAAGAUCCCGGGCCUAGCUCCUCGACAGAGGGCGAUCUGUCAGAGCAGGCCUGAUGCCAUCAUAGUGAUCGGAGAAGGCUCCCAAAUGGGCAUCAACGAGUGCCAGUUUCAGUUUCGCAAUGGACGGUGGAAUUGCUCCGCCCUGGGCGAAAGGACGGUCUUUGGAAAAGAGCUGAAAGUGGGUAGUAGAGAAGCAGCCUUCACCUACGCCAUCAUUGCUGCUGGAGUAGCGCAUGCAAUCACUGCUGCCUGCACCCAGGGGAACCUGAGCGACUGCGGCUGCGACAAGGAAAAACAGGGACAGUACCACAAAGACGAAGGAUGGAAAUGGGGAGGCUGCUCUGCAGACAUCCGAUACGGAAUAGGAUUCGCCAAAGUGUUUGUGGACGCGAGGGAGAUUAAGCAGAAUGCAAGGACGCUCAUGAAUUUGCACAACAACGAGGCGGGGCGAAAGAUCCUUGAAGAGAACAUGAAGUUGGAAUGCAAGUGCCACGGUGUGUCGGGAUCAUGUACUACUAAGACAUGCUGGACAACUCUUCCUAAAUUCAGGGAGCUGGGCUACAUCCUUAAGGACAAAUACAACGAAGCCGUUCAGGUUGAACCAGUGAGGGCAAGUCGUAAUAAACGCCCAACUUUUCUUAAGAUAAAGAAACCACUCUCCUACCGUAAACCCAUGGAUACAGAUUUAGUGUACAUAGAGAAAUCGCCUAACUACUGUGAAGAGGACCCUGUCACUGGAAGUGUGGGAACACAGGGCAGAAUGUGCAACAAAACAGCCCAGCAGACCAAUGGCUGUGACCUGAUGUGUUGCGGUCGAGGUUAUAAUACUCAUCAGUAUUCAAGAGUGUGGCAGUGCAACUGUAAAUUUCAUUGGUGCUGUUAUGUUAAAUGUAAUACGUGCAGUGAAAGAACAGAAGUGUACACCUGUAAAUGAAAGUGUGGCUUGGGAGGGGGAUCCUACAGCCUUGGAAUAAACACAUUUUUUUUUGCACAUAAGCUCAGUGCACCUACACACGACUGUAGCAAAGACCCACACUGUUUCCAAAAGGAAAACCAGCAAAUGGAUCCCAUCUUCCCCUCUUAAUAUAUCAGCGCUUAAGUGGAGACCCAUCAAAGACUUAGAGAAAUAGUCCAAAAACAACAUCAGACUUUUUAAAAAAGGAAACAGAAACAAACAAGUCACCUAAUACAAAAAAAAAAUAAGUGGGGGGGAAAUGUUCUCAGAUAUUCUGCGCCUUCAGAACAUAAUUUAUUGACUGCCUUAAGGGAAAAAGCCCAUGUCCAGACCAAGGCAAGGGGCUCUUUGGGACUGGAUGAGGGAGAGAUUGAAAGGCACCAUGCAUAAAGAGAGGGCUGGGGCAACAAACAAUUCUUAAACAUGGUCUUUGCACAGGAUGGGGUGACAAUGCGCCAGUGUGAAUUUCAACUUAAAGAGAGUGGAUUAAGCAGAUUUAGGGAUUUCUACACUUGUGAAAAGCUUCUGCUGGUCCUUCUGUCUUUCCGUUUUUUUCAGACAAUGUGCUACUGCAAGUAGGAUUGUUGAUGUUUUCCAUAUAAACACUGGUUUAUCUGCCUUUUUGUCGUGCUGCAGAUAUUUUAGCACAGGGAUUUGGGACAUCUGGGCAUAAUAAUAAUAGCAAUAUUUAACAAUUUAUCCAGAUAAAGCUAAUAUUAAUUUAUUUAAUUAAAAAGAACUCUACCGACAUUUUUGAAAACCAUUCUGCAUUUAGAUAGCCUGCUUUUUUUGUGGAAUAAUUUUGUAGAUAUGGAAAGGAGGGGACACCCUUGAGCUGUAUAUAUUAUUGUUUACUCAGAUAUUUCUACUAGUUGGAAUUGCAGGAUGUUUUUUUCCUGCAAUAAUAGAUGUUAAGUACAAAAGCAGGCAUCUUUUAUAAUUUGUUUGGCUGUUUGCUGCUAGUUGUCUGGAAUCUCAAACUGAUAUUCAUCUUCACCUAGAUAGAUACCAGUGCAUAACCUGUCCAGUUUUUUUAAAUUUUAUUUUAAGGAGCAUUACAUAAAUCCAGUUGGAAAUAAUGCAUCACACAUAAAUGCAAAACUCCAGACAAGUUUCCAUCUUUGGAAAAUGAACCAUAGGAUAAAAGAGUAUAUUUUGUAAGAGACUAUUUUUAUAUGAAUAUUUUAUUUAUACUAUGUCUGCUUGUAUAAUUCUAUAACCUGUACUUUUUCUCAAAACAGGCACACAAUUUGUAAUUGUUAGGCUAUUUAACAGAUAAAGGCUGAUUACUUUGUUGACCUGAAAGUAGCAAGCUGGAUGCAUUCAGUUGUUACUGGUGGAUGUACAAAAUACAGAAUGAAUUUUCUCUCCG